ACACGCGCCCAUUAAAGCCCUGACAAUCAGUCUCAACGCGACUGUCUCACUGUUUCUCCUCUCAGAGACUUUUAAAAGUCCUCUCACCUCAGAAGCGUCGCGAGCGUUUGGAUAAUGGAUCUCUGUGUGAUUGUGCUGUUGUGUUUAUGCGGGCUGCUGCAGGGGCAAGAGACCACAGAUCCCAUCUCUCUGGACGACUGUUGUAAGGAUGGCAAGGACCGAGGCCAGGAGUCUCAGGACUGCACGAGUCUGCCGCUCAUCUCCGAAUCCACCACCUGCAGGAUAGCUCAGGAACAGUGUUGUGCUACGGUUCUUGAUGACAACAUUUGCACCAGCGGCAUCAAUAUGGCAAAGGACCAAGGAAGUUGUGACGGCCUCUUGUCCAGCAGCACAUGUGAAACGAAGACGGCCAAGAUGUGCUGUGAGUGUUGUUUGCUCGGCCGGGCGGCCCAGGAGCGAGGUCUGUCAUGUGACCUCACGCUCGCGGUGGGGUACCAGUGCGGUGUGGUGUCCCGGGCCUGUUGUGUGGACCGCUUGCCGAACGUCAACGGGAAACUGGCAUCGGAUUUGCAAACUUCACAGGGCGAUGCUCUAAACACAGAGGACCAUUGCAGAGCUGCGGGCUGCGCUCAGCGGUGUCUCAAUGGCACUUGUGCCUGUUUGGUGGGAUACAAGUUGAAGGCAGACAAAAAAAACUGUGAAGACAUCAACGAGUGUCUGUUGGGCUCUCAUCACUGCCAGCCGGGCGAACGCUGCAUCAACACGCUGGGCUCGUACCGCUGUCAGAGAGAGGUCAGCUGCGGGACGGGCUACGAGCUCACCGACAACAACAAGUGUGAAGACAUUGAUGAAUGUGAGACCGGCACUCAUAACUGCGCGGCUGAACUCAUGUGUCAGAACACAGCCGGGUCUUUCCGCUGCCGACCCAGAGUGCAGUGCGGCACGGGGUUCAUACAGGACGCUCUCGGCAGCUGCAUCGAUAUAAACGAGUGUCUGAGUCAGACCGGACCGUGUCCGCUGGGUCACAUGUGCUUCAACACGGUCGGCUCCUACACCUGCCAGAGACAGUCUGUUAACUGUGGUCGUGGAUACCAUCUGAACGCUGAGGGGACUCGCUGCGUGGAUAUCGACGAGUGUGCGGGGCCUGAUAACUCCUGUGACGGUCACGGCUGUAUUAAUAUGAUGGGCUCGUACCGCUGCGAGUGCAAGCCCGGCUUCAACUUCAACAGCAUCACCAGAACCUGUGAAGACGUCAAUGAAUGCAGGAACUAUCCCGGCCGACUAUGUGCACACAAGUGUGAAAACAUCCGGGGGUCCUACAAGUGCAGCUGCACCACUGGCUUCAAGCUGGCCCACGACGAAAGGAACUGUGACGACCUCAACGAAUGCGAGAGCAACCCCUGCAGUCAGGAGUGCGCCAAUGUUUACGGAUCCUAUCAGUGUUACUGUCGCCGCGGUUACCAGCUGAGUGACGUGGACGGGAUCACCUGUGAAGACAUCGAUGAGUGCGCGCUGCCCACCGGUGGACACAUCUGCUCUUACCGGUGUCACAACACUCCGGGCAGCUUCCACUGCACCUGUCCCGCCACAGGAUACACACUCGCUCCCAACGGACGCAGCUGCCAGGAUAUCGACGAGUGUGUGACCGGCACUCACAGCUGCACAGAGUCCCAGAGCUGCUUCAACAUUCAGGGUGGAUAUAAAUGCCUGAAUUUCGACUGUCCGGUGAACUACAGACGCUCAGGAGACACCAGGCCGAGAGUGGAUCGUGCUGAUUUUAUACGAUGUGUGAAGUCCUGCCAGCCCAAUGACAUCUCCUGCGUCCUCAGUCCCAUCCUGUCCACUUCACACACGGCCAUCUCGCUUCCCACCUUCAGAGAAUUCAACAAACCAGAAGAAAUCGUUUUCCUGCGAUCCCCGACACCUUCUCACCAUCCUCACACGGACUCCCCGGACAUCGUCUACGACAUCCUGGAAGGAAACGUCCAGAACUCCUUCGACAUCAUCAAGCGUCUGGAUCACGGGAUGAUCGUGGGUGAGUGUCACUGUGGCAUGUGGCUAACAACGCCAGCGGACCACAGACCGAGCCCAGAGGCAUCCCUGUCUGGAAAUCACAUUUGCAUCAAGUGGUUUUCUGACCUAAUUUCCCAUUACGAAAGAUUCUCUCUUUUUUUCUUUGUUCUUUAAACAAACCAAAUGCAUAUGUGUGUCUUUGCGGGAGGAGAGGGGGAAGCAUGAAUCUACACGGAGAGGCUUAUUCAAUCUAACUCGUUCCGACAGUGUGAUUCCUAUCUGAUGAUAGGCCUGCAGAGUCGACGGCAUCAUUUGCGGCCUUCUCGGCUGCGUUUGAAGACGUUCGUCCAUGUGUUGUUCAUCCUGAGCCCAUGUUUUUCCUUCGCUAUAAGCAUGUGGCCUUGUUUCCCACUUUUGUGGCAUGACCGACUUUAAUGUGUUCUCUGUCUACUCGCUGUUUUUCCAGGACACUUUGAAAAGCUCACAAAGAGGUUUCUUGGUGUCCAGACGGUUAUUGUUGGUGCGCUUUCACACAAAGGUUAUUGGGAAGGGCAACCAUUCCGAGUUUAUAGAAAUGUGGGUGAGACUGAUGAGAAACAUACUCUUUUGACAUCCCUUGAAGCAAUAUUAAAAUGAAAUUCAUUCAUAGAUUAUAUAAGAUGGAGUGAAACGUCUGAAACGUUCCACGAAAUCACAGGCUAUGAACUUUGAAACUAAUUAGAGUCAAGUUAUUUUAUUGACAAUCAACCAUGCGUUUUCAUGAACAAUUUUAUUUUGUUUGUUUUUCUCCAGGACUUGGUGUCUCUGGUUUGUGGGGGUUUUUUUAAUGUCAUGCUUUGCGCCAUCAAAUCAGAUUACAAUUUGUAUGUGGUUGAUCAAUCAUUUUUCAAAAUCCAUUACCCUAUUACUUAUACUUGCACUCUAAAAAAUGCUGGGUUAACAACCCAAGUUGGGUUAAAUAUGGACAAACCCAGCGGUUGGGUUAAAUGUUUACCCAGCAUGCUGGGGCGUUUUAUUUAACCCAUCUAUUGUUUAAAAAUUACUAUAUGGCUGGCUUAAAAUGAACCCAAAAUAGGUUGGAAAUUAAAAAUCAGACACAUAAUUACUAGUGACAACAUUUAACCCAACUGCUGGGUUUGUCCAUUUUCAACCCAACUUGCGUUGUUUUUAACCCAGCAUUUAACUCUGGGUGCAAAAAAAUCUUUGGCAACCCUUUACAAUAAUGUUCAAUUCAGUUAAUGCAUUAAACAAAACAGUUUUAUUUUAGUAUUAUUUAAAUACUUGGACCACCUAGCAACCACAUAGCCGCACCCUGGCAACAGACACAUCAUUGCAUCCUGAUUUUGGCCGACUGCUGUAACAUAAAAAUGUAGUUUUUGUUUGUUUUCAUGCAAAAAUCUUUAUUUAAUUUACUUCACAAUUGGCGCCUGAACAUGAAAGAUCAGUGUGACUGAGAUGAAACGCAUUAUAAUGAAACCCUGAAGAGUGUAAUUGGCCGUCUUUGUGUGCGCAGACGUCAUGGGUAGUUUCCCCUCCUAGUCGAGAGAAUAGACUUCCUAAAUCACCAUAACACAAAAGAGCCACAAACAACUGGCAACGAUGCCGACGGCAGACACUCGUGGUCGUGUGGAAUCCUGACGUCAUGACGUCUGUAUGUGUGUGUUUGUCUGGCCUGGUUCGAGCGGGUACCACAUGAAAGCGUUUCCUGCACUUAAUGCAAGAAGCCACCUCUUUCUGAACGCGCUGUUCUUACGGUCCUCUCCAGGGCCCUAGUCAGGGGCCUCAUAUCGUGACCAGAAGCUCCUUGAAUUAAACUGGUCCUACGAAUGGACGUGGCAUGAGUCAGUGUCGGAGAACAGCUGGUGUGGAUAAAUCAGGGAUGUACGGAGCGCAGAUCAGCUCAGUCUGUCCUCCGUCCCAUUUCCCUCGGGCUUUGGAUUACAAUAAAGGAGCUUGAUGUGAUUUACGAGACAUGUCACUGUUAAAACAAUAUUUGUUGAUGCUGUGGUGUGUUUGAGCAACACAGAGACGGUUGUAUGAAUCCAUUAACCUCAACUAUUAACAUAUGUCAUCACAAUCCAUGGCUUAAAAGCUUGUAGAUAUGAUAUAAGAAAGCAAGAAUGCUUUCUCAUAAUGUACAAGUUUUUGGGUGAAGUGUGCAAUUUCUGCAUCACUAUCAUCACUAAAAAAAUUGCAAAAGUGGCUGUUUUCAAACAGGUUUCCACCUCUUUUAUUGGUCAAACACGCAGUCCUGCCCAGACAAAUUUACAUAUAUGCAUUUAGGAGACAUUAAAAUAUGUUUUUAUUAUAAAUUUUCAACUGAAAUGUAAUACAAUAACAAUACAUUUCAGUUAAAAUAUAAUACAAUAAUAAUAAUAAAUAUAGCUGCGGGCAUCAAUUACCGGGGUUCAGGCCUUUACGGGUUCUUUAAGGCCUUUACGCACAUGUGUAAAAAAAGUAUUAUGUUUUAAUUAGCAAGCCUGUAACCAUCUUGAUCAUAGAUGGAAAAGACCGUUUACACCAAAUAAAGACAAUUUACCAUAGAAAAUAUAUGGUUUUUAAAGUUUUUUAACAGUUAUCAAGGUUGAGCCAAAAACCUAGGACUAGUUUGCCAAAGUUGUUUUUUGAAAUAAUCUCCAAUAUUUCGAACAUCGAACUAUACGAUGGAGAGCAGCGGUCCUAGAAGCAAAGUUGCUCAGAAUGAGGAGUUCUACCAUGUGGUACGAAUGCCGUGGCCGUGCGUGAAAAAUCGUGCGAUACACAAUUCUUUACACACGUAAAAAACGCGAAGGCGCCUCGCGGUGGCUGAUUUCUUUCAAAUUUCUCACAGGCCUCUAGGUCCAUGAGUCAAACAGGCCCAGUGAGUUUCAUUCCAAUUGGCCUCCGUUAACCUUGUCUGAUAGCUGCUCAAAUUUCAGUGCCCGAUGGUGGCCAUGUUUUUUGAGAUGCGCCAGUGUCCUCAUAGACAAUCAUGGCACCUUGGACGAAGACACCGCUUGCCAAUUUUCAAGUUGAUCAGGCUAACGGUUAAGAAGUUAUAGACAUUUUCAAGUUUUUUCCUGUUAUAGCACCACCAAGUGGCCAGUCGCCACGUCCUUUGUCACGUGAUCACAGAAUGAGCUCUUACAUAGGUGUACCAAGUUUGGUGAAAAUAUCUCAUUCUGUUCAUGAGUUAUAGCCAUUUUAGUAGAAGUGGCUCCACCCACUUUGAACGUUUUGGCGGCCCUUAGGGACCGUCAAUCGCAAUUUCAUCUUUUUUUUUUUUUGAUAAUUAUUGACUUUGUUCUCUUAAAGCGCAUAAUAAACAAGCAGCUUCAGAGAUGAAGUUUGAUUCAAUAACCACGCUAAACCAUAACAGUUUUGAUUUUAUUUCAACAGCUUAUUUUACAAACACUGGUAGUACGACUGAAUAAUCAAAUGGAAAGAGAAAAAGUAUUAACAUAAAUUGCAUAAUCUUUAAGUUACUAUAAACAGAUAAGUCAAAAUAAAUGAUUCCUAACAGCUUCUUCAGAAGGAAAUUCCCAGUCAUUGCUGUUUGAUUUGGACUGGGAAUGCCCAACACUCAGAGCAGUGUCUGUCAUCCACACGUUUGUGAAUCAGUCACGAGUGUGUGAAAACACAGACGGCCUCAAUCGCAACACAGUCGUGUCUAUGGUGACCAGCUCAAGCAUCAGAACAGCAGCAGUGUUUGUUUUUAGCGCCGCUCCAGGUAGGUUGACUCAAGGUGGUGCUCAUCACUACAAAGUCAACAUUUCAAGAACAGAAGAGAGAGUCUUUGAGCUGGAAACACUCAAAGGCUCAUAUUCAUGUGUGCAAUCUCCACAUUUUAUUUGUGGCACUCAAUUAAGGCUGCACAAUAUUGAAAUAAAACUGACAUCAUUAAGUUUGAGCGCUUCAUUUAAACGCGUGAAGUUCAUGAUACUGUUUCAGAUUUGGUUCAUUUACUGUGAUGAAAAGCUCUUCUAAGGGUUUACCCUCUAGAGCAGGGGUAUCAAACUCGGCCCUGCAGAUUUUAGCUCCAACUUGCCUCAACACACCUGCCUGGAAGUUUCUAGUAUGUAAUUAGACCUUGAUUAGCUGGUUCAGGUGUGUUUAAUUGGGGUUGGAGCUAAACUCUGCAGGACAGUGGUCCUCCAGGAUGGAGUUUGGAGACCCCUGCUCUAGAGAGGGAGAGCUUCGAAGGGAUGAAGGGUCUAGGGGACAAAAAAAACAACAACAACAACAAAAAAAAACUGUUCUUUGAAAUGUACUUCUGCCUCAUCUUGUCGAACCAAUGAAGGAGUAUUCGUACAAUUGUGUGCGCUAGUUGUCUGCGCGAAAAAUCAUAGGAGCGAAGUGUUUAUCAGUUGUACCCUACGAAAUCCUUCAUUCUAAAGGGAACUUCUCAAUUUCGGGAACUUUGGUUUGGAACGACCCUUCAAUAUGGCGGCCAUGAUUGUUCUGUGGAAGUGUGCAAUUUCUGCAUCACUAUCAUCACUAAAAAGAAUUGAAACAGUAGCUAUGUUUCUAUCCAAAGUUGCGAAUUUAACUAAUGCGCAAAAUUGGAAUAUCGAAUAAAACAUUUGCGAAUAAAGCAGCGUUUUCAGCCAGUGAGUCGAAGAGAACAAAAUCAUCACUUCCUGAUAAAUUGGUGCUAAAUAUCAUUAAAAAAAAGUAGGAGAAGCCACUGUAUAUACUAAUUUUUGUACUUGCGUCUCAGAGUGCGCAGACGAAAUGCAAUAAACGGCUUAUUUUGCUUUUGGAAGCACAUGCUGCAAUCGUGUAAGACAAUUCUGGAAGGUAAUUAUACCAAACCACUUUAAUGACAGACUUUGCUCAGGCAAUUCAGAACAACCAAAACAGCUUUUUAGAUGCUGUGCAAAAAGAUCGGUCCGCUAGUUAGUCCAGUUAUGCCGUCCCAUUUUUAGAAUUUAUGCGCAUCUUGGCGUUUCCAUCCAGCAGUUUUUUAUGUGAUAACCCAACCCGAUCUCAUGGCAAUUCGUUCGUAUUUUACAAAGUGGAUAAUUCUUACGAAUUCGUACGAUUUCUCAAAAAGCGUCACCAGGAAGGACCACCCCUAAACCUACCCAUCACUGGGGUCUAGACAAAUCGUAUAAAAACGUACGAGUAAGGUCGUACAAAUUAGCCACCUCUUAAAAUAUGUACAAAUUGCUGUGAGAUUGCGUUGGAUAUCCCAAAAUGCUCAAAAAAUAGGUGGAUGGAAACUAGCUAAUGACAUUUUCAAACAGGUUUCCAUCACUUUCAGUGGUCAAACACGCAGUCCUGCUCCAAAACAAAUCUACAUUUAUGCAUUAACCUCUUUUAGUGCCUUUCGGAGAUGGAUUUAUCCCAUUUGAAACACAGCCAGUGCUUUCACGGGAAGUGACCUAUGAAAACUCAAGUGGAAAGAUUUUUUUUUUCUGAACACCCAAAUUUUUCAAGGCUUUCCCAAAUCGUUCUGUCCUAAAAAGGAUUUUGCAUUUAAAGUCUUCAGCGCAAAAAGAGUUUUUUAUAUAUAUAUUUUAUAUGCAGAUGCACGCCUAAACAAAAUCGCUUUAUUUUCAUAGAGAUAUUCAAGUCAUCUGGUGAAACUUUGUGUAUUUUUUCACAUUGCAGUAAAACAAAAUAUCGUCUUUUCCCAAUAUUGUGGAGCCCUGCUCUCAAUGCACGUAUGUGUGGUCCGAGUGGCUGGGAAAGGAGGUACAGUCUGUUGCAUCAACGCUCCUCGCUGAGGAUGAAUCCCUGGCUUCGGACACGAUGACGUCUGGAUCUCAGAAAUGCAGGCCUGGAAUAGCCCGGACUACCACGAGCAUGGGGAAUGUACCGACAUCCGCGGGAGCGGACGGUGGGAAAUCAAACGCCGUGGCAUCUUCCCUUGAGCGGCUCUCAGUUUGGCUCCACCUCGGUCCGGAUAAAAAAAGGCAGGAUAAAAAUUCCAGUUGGUGGAAACAUCUGGUAGGGAUAUGCACCUGUGGUCAGCGCCCGCUCCAAGUGAUGCAAUAUUUGAGUGCAGGGAAGUUGAUGUUACAAACGGAGGCGACGGCAGAGACAUGCUGUCUGUGAUCAGGUAUGUGACAUUGGCUACGGCUACUGUCCUUCACACAGACCAGAGGAAUUUUAGUGAAGUGUGUCAGAAUUGUAGACGCUGCGGAGGGACGAGGAUUCGCUUUGCAUUAGCCGCUACCUCAUGCAUAUAGCUACUACUUUUACUACUUUGAGGCUGUAGCACACUCUCCUGAAAUGUCCUGUGUGUGCAGCGUCCGAUUCAUUUGUGAACCAAUUCAUUUAGUCAGUUCAUGUAAAUGUAACAGUUCAGCAAAAGAUUCAUUUGAAAUGUGAAAACAUUUUUGAAGUGAUUCAUUUACUGAACUGUCUGAAUCAAUGAAAUGAAAUGGUUUUGUGACUCAUUUGGACUUUUUUAGGGGUCUGCACAAAAAAUACGACUACAGUUUGUUUAACACCCUCUGAGGCUCUUCAGACCAAAAAAUUUUACGUUUUGAAUUUUUUAAUUUUUUUGCUUCAUUGGGAUGGGAUGACACUUGGUGAUUUUUGUCGCAUUUGCUAUGUGAACACACAAAAAAAUCAUGGACAUGAUUCAGAUAAGUUAAAGGCCUUAAUCUGAAAUAAUGCCAAAAAAAAAAAAAAAAAACAUUAAUUUGAAUGAAAAAAUAGCUCAUAAAAAUUGUACAGUAUCAUAAAAUCCUCUCCAAAUUCUCAAUAAUAACCAAAAAAUAUUAUUGAAUAAAAAUAUAUUACAAUCAUUUUCCUGAAAAUACACAAAGGUACCAAGUGUGACCCAAAAAUGAAGAGGCUCAGAGGGUUAAGAACUGCUACUUGGAGAGUUUUAACCUGGUAUAUAACUGUUCAGCUUUGCUAUUUUAUCUAUUUCACCCGCUGACGCCAGAGGAAGGGUCUUUUAUCUAAUCUGAAAGCACAGAAUAACAGCAGGACGUUUAAGCGCCACAUGCUGAAGCCAAGCAGAGGACAGUCUAACGCAUCGGCCUCUGGAUAACAACACAUCAGAGAAUGAAUCACAAAAUGGCACAGCGUUAGCCACACAAUGAGCUGGACCCAAACCCACGAAGACUCUUCAGUUGAGGGAUUACCGCUGAAAAUUAAACCAUUUUCUCUCUACUGUGGUGGUCUGCAGCCCCCGCAGACACUUUUCACUCACCGACAGAACUCAGCCAGGGACCCGGUCAUCCAUCAAGACUGAUUCAUCACCCGUUUGACGUAUCCAAGGGCGGCGGCUGCAAGGAGGAGAGACUUUACAGCAGAGGUUAUAUAAGAGAACAGGAUUUCGAAUCAUUUAAAGUCAACAUGAAACGGCAUUCACAACCCAUUUUGCUUCCGUAAUGUGAUGUAUUCUGAGAAGAAAAAAAAAACAAAUGUGAUGGGACUUUUAUCCAUCUGAAUUGCAGUUUGCUAAAACAAAUCGCUGAAUAGCUAUUUGGCUAUUAAUAACCAUAAUAUAUAAAUAACCUAUAAACCGUAAAGUACAAUGUUUAUUUUUACGUUUUAAGUCAUAUUUUGUCUUUUGAUGAAAAUGUCUUUUAAAAUUAAUAUAUAUUUUGUCAUGUCAUAUUCAUUAAUUCAAGUCAAUUUUGAUGAUUUUAGUCAAACUGUAACAGACCAAACAUAUAAACAUUAAUUAUUUAAAAUAUGCGAGUAAAACAUUUAAAAGUGCACUUGCCUACUAAGACCUGUAUGUGGCAGCCUUGAGCACCUCAUAAUGACGUGUGCUUGAAUACAUUAUUCAUUUCUGAUAGAUCACUAGUGCUGCGUCCGAAAUCGAAUACUUCCUUACUGUAUAGUAUGCGAAAAUCAGUACUCCGAAGGAGUAGUAUGUCAGAAUCUAUAAUAUUGGAAAAAACAGUAGGCGAAAAGUCCCUGGAUGACCUACUUCUGGUGAGAUUCUGAAGUGUGCAUUCAAUGGACACUUUACUGUCCCAUGAGGCCACGGGAGGGGAUUUAUGAAUGGAAGUGAUGCAACUGACGCUGGUAGGUCACGUGACCGUAACAUGGCGGAUAUAGUAUGUCCGAAUUUCAUUCAUACUACCCAUAUUCGUACGACACAGAGUAUACUAUUUUAACUGUCGUGAAGUAAAUUCAAAUUCAAAUGUAGUACCUACUUAGUACGUGAUUUCGGACGCAGCGUAGGGCUUCACUUUUAGACAUACACUCGCAAACUUCCCUAAGCACUUCCCCUAAGGGAAUCCCAGCCGCCAUUUUGAAGUGUUCAACUUCGUCAAAUAGACGAGGAAAGUUUAUUUGGACAGUCCCUUGACCCCUCGAUUUUGACAGAGGGAGCAGGUCUACUUAUAUGUACACUUCAGGCAGCUCCAUAGACCACAAUGCAACAUGACUGUGACGUCACAACAGAAGUGAUCAAGAGCUUAGGGCGUUCUGUUUAAACCCACUGCAAGAGUUCUCGUGCAGCGUAAGCAAUGAUGUACAUCCGAGCGAACGAGACUGAGGGAAGGGUGGAUUUAAACACACCCCAUGACUGGGUUGCAAGUACUUAAAAUUCCCAGGCUAAAUUCCCAGAAUGCCACGCUACCACACUAGAGUUGAACACUGAAUAAACUGCACUUUAAGUUUCAGCGAUAGCAAAUACAAGCGAUCUGUUGUAAAACAUGACAGUGUGGUCGAGUUUUCAAUGGAGGUACGACUGGAACAAACAUUCCAGCUUCAGUCCGACUAGUUGACCGCAAUGAUUCAUUGCUAAUUGAGCUUGAGACACCAAACCGCACAUGUGGCCUUUCAAAGAGAGCAAGUAAAAGUCAUGUCCUCUUUCCAGUUGUUUAGGGCUGUUUGGAUAACGCAGCCACGCUUCCCAACAGCUCUUGUGUGGUGCCGCGUUGGGGGUGAGCUUACCGUGAGAUAAACCUUGGCAUUUUGGCUAUGUGGGCCGACUCCGUUGCCCUUUCCUGCAUAACCCAUCAACCAGCAUGUCAUUAUCCAAUACUGUGGUCGAGCAACUCAUUCCUCGCAUUUGUCCCUAGUGUUAAACCUGCCCAUUUUGGAUCCUGUCAUACAUUUCCUCUCAGAGUUGGAGUGACCAGAAAACCAGAAAUUGGACUGUUUACAUGUAAGCCUUCAAUAUCGCAACCCACGUAGCCAUUGAAGAUGACGAAUGGCUGUUGGCAUCGACUCGACUUUGUUUUGUGGCAAGUGUGUACACAGCUAACGUGCAUUUAACUGAAGCUAUUUGCAGUCUUCUUGCUCUUUAAUGGCAUUUUGAAAUGAGCGUGGGAACACAUUUGCGCAGCUUCGUGGUUUGGAAACCGACCGCAGACACAUUCAGCAUUUAGCUCUAAACAAAACAAUGCAGGGUGAUUUUAAACUUCCUGAAACACUUUGUAAACUCCCUAUAACUGCAAACUUGAUUGAGCAUCAUUGCAUUUCGAAAUGCUUUAGAACACAAUUCGUAAGUAACGCAACACAAGAACAAAUUGUAUUCUAAAUGUUGCGAAAGCCAUUUCACGCGAAUCAGCUAUAGGUAAAAAAACUCGAAGAGGCAGGGCAGUAAACCAUUAAACUUUUCACACUACAAACCAGUGUGCUUAUGAUUAGGAUAAGCAAAUAAAAUAAUAAUGUCAAAUACCAGUUUGCAACAUUAAGCAGUAUAAUAUAUGCUUUUUGUACAGCUAAAAUAACCAGAAGCCAUUUAACCAUUCAAGGCUGUGUCAGCUCUUACAGUUAAAAAAAAAAAAAAAAAAGGUGGAUAGCUUCUUGUUCUACGGUCAGUUUCUCUUUUGGAAAAUCUACUACCAUAUAGGAGCAAGUUAGUUAGCAACAUUCAGUUCAGUGGCAUAUACAUUUGAAGGAAACACUAGAGAGUUUGGUACUGCCACAAUAAUGGAUAUAAAAUGUGCACAUUUGCAUACAUGCGAAGAGUUUGUUUAUAGCGUAACCCUCUAGAGGUCUUUGGCAAUUUUAGAUCAAAACAUUUUACAUUUUGAAUUACAACCCGAAUUCCGGAAAUGUUGGGACAUUUUUUAAAUUUUAAUAAAAUGAAAACUAAAAGACUUUCAAAUCACAUGAGCCAAUAUUUUAUUCACAAUAGAACAUAGAUAACAUAAAUGUUUAAACUGACAAAAUUUUACAAUUUUAUGCACAAAAUGAGCUCAUUUCAAAUUUGAUGCCUGCUACAGGUCUCAAAAUAGUUGGGACGGGGGCAUGUUUACCAUGGUGUAGCAUCUCCUCUUCUUUUCAAAACAGUUUGAAGACGUCUGGGCAUCGAGGUUAUGAGUUUCUGGAGUUUUGGUGUUGGAAUUUGGUCCCAUUCUUGCCUGAUAUAGGUUUCCAGCUACUGUAGAGUUCAUGGUCGUCUUUGACCUAUUUUUCGUUUAAUGAUGCGCCAAAAGGCCUUGGCCCACAGGACACGACAGCGCUUCUGGACCAUGUUCACAUAUGGCUUCCUUUUUGCAUGAUAGAGCUUUAGUUGGCAUCUGCAGAUGGCACGGCGGAUUGUGUUUACCGACAGUGGUUCUGGAAGUAUUCCUGGGCCCGUUUAGUAAUGUAAUUGACACAAUCAUGCCGACGAGUGAUGCAGUGUCGUCUGAGGGCCCUUCGGCCUUGUCCCUUACGCACAGAGAUUUCUCCAGUUUCUCUGAAUCUUUUGAUGAUGUUAUGCACUGUAGAUGAUGAGAUUUGCAAAGCCUUUGCAAUUCGACGUUGAGGAACAUUGUUUUUAAAGUAUUCCACAAUCUUUUUACGCACUCUUUCACAGCUCUUCCCAUCUUUACUGAGAGACUCUGCCUCUCUAAGACAUCCCUUUUAUAGCUAAUCAUGUUACAGACCUGAUAUCAAUUAACUUAAUUAGUUGCUAGAUGUUCUCCGGGCUGAAUCUUUUCAAAAUUUCUUGCUUUUUCAGCCAUUUGUUGCCCCCGUGCCAACUUUUUUGAGACCUGUAGCAGGCAUCAAAUUUGAAAUGAGCUCAUUUAGUGGAUAAAAGUAAAAUUUCUCCCUUUACACAUUUGUUAUGUUAUCUAUGUUCUAUUGUGAAUAAAAUAUUGGCUCAUGUGAUUUGAAAGUCUUUUAGUUUUCAUUUUAUUCAAAUUUAAAAAACGUCCCAACAUUUCCAGAAUUUAGGUUGUAAAAAAAAAAAAAAAAAAAAAAAAAAAAAAAAUCAAUCAUCGGAAUGGUAUGGUAUGUCUAAAUGUAUAUCCAAACAUAAAACCUAAUAAAAGUAAUUAUAUCUGAAAAUACACUUAUAAACAACUAGGGAAUACAAAGCCCUAUAUUUAUGAAUAGGGCUAUACAGGCAUCUAGUGGUUACAUAACCUAUUUUUAUUAUUAUAUUUGUAUCACAAUAUUAUUAUAUUGUAUCAUUUAUUUUAAUAAAUGGUGCAUAACUUAUAUGUGAAUAUUGAAAACAAUAUACUGUAUUAACUGAAAAUAUCAUGAAAUAUUUUUCUAAUAUUUAUUUACAUAGAAAUAAAUGGUGCAGAUAGAUAGAUAGGACAGAUGAUUGAUAGAUAAAAUGAUUGAUAGAACAGUAGGAGUGAUAGAACGCACAAAAUGACGGAUGGAUAGACAGACAGACAGAUAGACGGACAGAUGGAUAGAUAGACAGACAGAUAUCAGAAGAACGUUUGCUCAUAACUUUGAGAGAACAUUAGGGAAGUUCUGUGAAUGUUCCUGGUUAGCUGAGAUCUUAAUGUCACUGAAGCUCCAGCAAGAGAUGCGGCACUGGCAGCCUGUAUAAACAGCGUUUCUGUCUCCUUCAUUCAUUCGCUUUUAGAAGAUUUUUCAGCAUUCUUGGCUCAUUUGCUUGGUCCUCAUAGCGGGUGUGGUCUGCCAGCGGAGGAUGUCUCGCGUCCUUUGGGGAAACCCCGUUUUCUUUGUUUCUGUAACAAUGAAUGUCACAUCCAUCAUCAAAUGAAGCUUUGGUAUAUGCUGCUCCUUUGAGUCGCUCCAUAAUGGCCGUGAAUUAUUUUUAUUUUCAUAAACUUUGUGUCUGUUAUGUUACCACCACUUAUUAGAGGCUCAGACAUAAUUAUGACAAUGUUUUGUCUCUAUAAAAUGACAAAAGAUCCAUAAUUUCAAACUUCAGAGCAUGCUUAAAAGCCACACAUUACCUAAGGACAGACACAAGUACACAACACAGAUGUUAACCCUGGUCUAUGCAGUGCAUAGUUUAGCUUGUGUCUUUAGGUUACUGUACUAAAGUUUCUUUCAAAUGUCUUUGCAGACUGUUGCUGAAAGAGAAAAGACAACAGUUUAUGCUAAUGUUCGCUCUUGCGAUGUGUACUUUUCUUUAUGUCAUUCAACUUGCAUUUGCACUCACAUACUUCCACUGUUCAUGUUAUGACAUAGACAUGGCAAUUUCAUGGCAAUUCCUAACUAUUUUACAUUUUGGCAAGUCGGCGGCUAAUUCGUAUGAAUUCGAACAAUCUGUUUACGCCCCAGUGAUGGUUUAGGGGAGGAUAUUCAUGCUUAUGUUUUUUGUUUUUUUUUCCUAAAAAUUUUCUACAUGUAUCACAUUCAAAUUCACACGAAAUUUCCAGCUCAUAAAAUAGCAUUUUCUCAUGAGAUCGCUAUAGCCAGAUCACUUCUGAUAUUUAGCUCAAAACCAACUUUAUUUGAGGCGCAACCUCGAAUGUGUGGAAGCUUGUUUCCGCCACUGAAUUAAAAAAAAAAAAAAAAAAAAAAAACGUAUCUCACAAUUCUGACUUUUUUCUUGCAGUUACGACUAAUUUUAGAACUGCGAGUUUAUAUCUCGCAAUUCUGACUUUUUUCUUGCAGUUACGACUAAUUUUAGAACUGCGAGUUUAUCGCAAUUCUGACUUUUUUCUUGCAGUUACGACUAAUUUUAGAACUGCGAGUUUAUAUCUCGCAAUUCUGACUUUUUUCUUGCAAUUACGACUAAUUUUAGAACUGCGAGUUUAUCGCAAUUCUGACUUUUUUCUUGCAGUUACGACUAAUUUUAGAACUGCAAGUUUAUAUCUCGCAAUUCUGACUUUUUUCUUGCAGUUACGACUAAUUUUAGAACUGCGAGUUUAUAUCUCGCAAUUCUGACUUUUUUCUUGCAGUUACGACUAAUUUUAGAACUGCGAGUUUAUAUCUCGCAAUUCUGACUUUUUUCUUGCAAUUACAACAAAUUUUAGUACUGCGAAUUUAUAUCUCGCAAUUCCGACUUUUUUCUUGCAAUUACAACAAAUUUUAGUACUGCGAGUUUAUCGCAAUUCUGACUUUUUUUCUUGCAAUUACAACUAAUUUUAGAACUGCAAAUUUAUAUCUCGCAAUUCUGAAUUUUUCUCGCAAUUCCGACUUUUUUUAGAACUGCAAGUUUAUAUCAGCAUUCUGUGUUUUUUCUGUUUCUCACAAUUGAGACUUUAUUUUUUAGAAUUGUCAGUUUAUAUCUCACAAUUUUUAGAACUGCGAGUUUAUAUCUUGCAAUUCUGACUUUUUUCUUGCAAUUACAACAAAUUUUAGAAUUGCGAGUUUAUCGCAAUUCUGACUUUUUUCUUGCAAUUACAACAAAUUUUAGAAUUGCGAGUUUAUCGCAAUUCUGACUUUUUUCUUGCAAUUACAACAAAUUUUAGUACUGCGAGUUUAUCGCAAUUCUGACUUUUUUUCUUGCAAUUACGACUAAUUUUAGAACUGCGAGUUUAUCUCGCAAUUCUGACUUUUUCUUGCAACUGCAACUAUUUUUUAGAACUGCGAGUUUAUAUCGCAAUUCUGACUUUUUCUUGCAACUGCAACUAUUUUUUAGAAUUGCGAGUUCAUCUCUCACAAUUCAGACUUUAUAACUUGCAAAUGCGAGUUCAUAUCUCACAAUCCUGAGAAAAAUAGUAACAAUUGUGAGAUAAGUCACAAUUACCUUUUAUUUGUUAUUACGUGGCGGAAACAAGCUUCCAUACAAAAAAACCCCUUCAGAUAUUCAUCAAAUUUAUGUUUAAAAGUGACCCAGUUUGGUAUCGAAAAUGACGGAUUCAAUGUGACUUUUACUGCACAUGCUCUCAAAAACAGAUGUUUGUCACCUUAUUUGAGGGGGAAAAAUGUUGGACCAUGUUUAUCUGCAGUGAGUGUAUAAACUGGUUGGUCCUCUGAGCACCGUACUGAAGCUGGCCAUGAACUACGUCACAAACGGGGUCGUCUCUCACCGGAACAUCAUCAACGUUCACAUCUACGUGUCUGAGUUCUGGUUUUAAGAACAUCAACCUUCUGUCUAAACAUUUUAGGUGUCCAUUUAUGAAAUCACAAGCAUGAAUCUUUCUGAAUGACAGUAAAAACAAAAAAAUAUCUUCAGAUAUGCAAGAUAAAUUCAACUGAGAAGCUUAAGAUAUUUUAAAAUGUGUUUUUACAGAUUGCAACUUUACUAUUAGAUUUUGCAGAACAAUUAUACUUAAUCUAGCUAAUUUAGGCAAAAUAAUUACCACUUUAAGGAAUAAGUCACCCAAAAAUAAUUCAUUUUUGGAUGAACUAUUCCUUUUAAUCCAAUUAAUUGUGUGAGACAAUCUCUAAAUGGACACCUAAAAUGACAAAAUGUUUUUAUCCAACUACACAAGUUUUUCAAGAGGAGCACGACACACUAGGACAGACAAGAACAUUGCAUGAUGGGAGCGAUGCCCUGCUUUAGACGCCACCGUGUGUUCUGGUGGGAAGAAACAUCAUUUGCUGCUCUGAUGCUUUUAAUUGUAGAAUGUAAAAGCAUGUUUUUACUCAUUCCCUAGUGGUUUCCUCUUCAGCUGACCUUGGAAGUGGAACUGAAGGUGUUUCUGUGAGUUGAUGCGAGCUCAUCCUUUAUAGGGCUGAAAGACAGACAACUGAAUAUGGAGUUGACGACUCGACACUGAUUGUACGCUUGUGUAGACACACUUUGCAUUGCUUAAUGUUUUGUAUGCAUCACCAACUGUGUUAUUAAAAACAAUUUUUAGAUUUCUACUUC